GGAAACACUAAGAAACUGAGGGGACUCCUUUUUCUGGGUCUAAACCCCAGAAACCCACACAUUUUUCUGGCUGCCAGAAAUGCCCCAUAGCACCGGCAACUUCUUCCUCAACCUUUCAAUCUCUUUCUCUUUUUUCUCUCAUGCAGAUCCUUUUCUAGACACCAUCAUGAGUGACCAGCUGAAAUUCAUCGUGGAGAAGCUCAACAAAGAGCCGUUCAAAAAGAAUUUCAACUUAAUCACUUUUGAUUCCCUGGAGUCAAUGCAGCUCUUACAGUUGCUCAGCGAUGUUUUGGGCGAGAUUGACCCCAAGCACAUCGUUGACAUUAGAGAAGAGCUACCAGAACACACAGCAAAACGAAUGUUGACCCUGCUUGGCAUUCUUAAAUACAAACCUCCAGGAGGUACCUGUGACUUGAGCGCCUUCCGUCAAGGCUUAGUUACAGGAAGCAAGCCUGUCAUUCACCCGGUCCUGCAUUGGCUCCUUCAGAGGACCUCUGAGCUCAAGAAAAGGGCCUACUUGGCCCGCUUUCUGAUCAAGGUCGAUGUGCCAACUGAGUUCCUCCAGGACGACACAGUGGCUGAUACGAACAGACAGUAUGAAGAACUGAUGGAAGCUUUCAAAAGCUUGCAUAAAGAAUGUGAACAGCUCAAGACAUCUGGCUUCUCAACGACAGAAAUAAGAAGGGAUAUCACGGCAAUGGAAGAGGAGAAGGACCAGCUGAUGAAGCGAGUGGAGCGGCUGAGGAAGCGGGUGGAGACGGUGCAAAACCACCAACGGAUGCUUGAAAUGGCCCGGCAGCUCCGCGUGGAGAAAGAGCGGGAGGAAAACCUGGCCCAGCAGAAACAAGAGCAGAAGAACCAGCUUUUUCACGCAGAGCAGCGGCUACACCGAGUCCGGCGUCAGCUCAAGGAUAUGCGUCAUGCAGCCGUGGAUUCAAAGCCAGAAAGCUUAAUGAAGAGUCUAGAAGAAGAGACAAAGUUCAACACUUAUUUGGUCUCUGAGAAAUUUCCUAGAGAGCUGGAAACGAAGAAACAGUCCUUGCUGCUCUUGCAGAAAGUGGUGGUUGAGCCAGCCAUGGGCCAGUCCGAUCUCAACGAGCUGGAAUCCAAAAUAAAGGAGGUCAAUGCCCAAAUCAAUCAAUUAAUUGAGAAGAGGAUGAUGAAGUACGAACCGAUUGACAGUAAAUUUUCGAUGUACCGGCAACAGGCCUCUAUCAUUUCGCGGAAGAAAACAGCGAAGGCGGAGGAACUUCAGACCACCAAGGAAGAGCUUGCCAACGUGGAGAGGCAAAUGUUCCAGAAGUCAAGCCAGGCUCGGGAGCUGGACGGGACAGAAGUCUUGAAAGGUGACGAGUUUAAGCGGUACGUUAACAAGCUCCGAAGCAAGAACACCCUUUACAAGAAGAAGCGCCUGGAAAUAGCAGAGAUCUCGGCCGAGUACGGCAUCCUGCAGAGGACGGAAGAGCUGCUGAAAGAGCGGCACCAAGACAUUCAGCAGCAGUUGCAAGCCAUCGAAGACAAGAAAGGAAUCUCCGGGUACAGCUACACCCAGGAGGAGCUGGAGAGGGUGUCGGCCGUCAAGAGCGAAAUGGAUGAAAUGAAGGGCCGGACUCUGGACAACAUGUCCGAUAUGGUGAAAAAACUGAACACUAUGGUAGCCGAUAAAAAGUCGAGCUUGGCCCCAAUCAUCAAAGACCUCAGGCAGCUGCGACAGAGGUGCCAGGAAUUAACCCAGGAAUGUGAAGAGAAGAAAUCCCAGUACGACAGCUGCGCCGCUGGUUUGGAGAGCAAGCGUUCGUCCCUGGAGCAGGAGGUGAAAAGCCUUCGGGAGGAGUGUUUACGGGGAGAGAGCAACUAUCACCAGGUCAACUGCAUGAAAAUGAUUCUCGAAACCCAACUGCAGCGCGUCAAAGAUGAGGUGAAAAUGUAUGUUUCUUCAGAUCAACAGGAAAGAAAGAAGGCUGUCAGGGAUCAGUAUUCCAAGAUGAUCACAGAACAGGAGAACCUUGGAAAGAAACUACGAGAGAAGCAGAAAGCUGUCCGGGAAAGUCAUGGCCCCAACCUGAAACAAGUCAAAAUGUGGCGAGAUCUCCAGCUUCUGAUGGAGUGCAAAAAAGAAUGUUUUCUCAAGCAACAGAACCCGGCCUCGGUGGGCCAAGUCAUCCAGGAAGGCGGAGAAGACCGCCUGGUCUUGUGAAAGAUACCUUGCCUGGUAUCUAGGUCAUCCCAAAGAGCCACUCUUCCUCCAGCGAGUCUGUUGCAAAUGUUGGCUGGGGUUUGCGAGUGUUCCCAUGCAAAUGAGAUGUCUAAUUUGCCAUGCUUCAGGAGUUUAGCUAAAAGGUUCUUGACUCAAUUAGAACAUAGUUCGAGGUGGGGGGCUUCAUUUGUUCCUUCCUAGAAGGAGAAGAAAAAUCUCUUAUUCUGCUGAUGGAUGGAGCACCCUUCCUUCUCUUAGUUCAGGGGUAGGCAACCUUGGCUACCCCUGCCUUAGCUAAAAAUCAGUUGAGUGGUUAAAAUAUUGAGAAGGUACGCAGAUAAAAUUCCAUUCAAGUUUUAAGAGGCAUUCUAGAGAAGCAGACAGACAAAAAAAUCAGGAUUAGGAUAGUUUUGACAUCUGGGGUUGUAGAUGAUUUGAUAUCAAGCCAGGUUCAAGUCACACAGGUCCUCACCAACAAUUUUCACCACCUGGCUUCCUUUUGGCCCAAAACAGUGGGACCACUUGACUUCUUAAAUCCCCUUUCACAAUUCCAGUCACCAAGUGGAGGAAGGACUUUUGAAUUUUUGAAGGAAAAAAAAAAUGCAUGCACAAAAUACAAGGACAUUGUGGACUGAGCUUCUUGUAGCCCACAAAUAGGUAAACCCCGAUGACCUUUGCGGACCUGGAUUCUCCUCAGAGCUGCCGAAAGAGCAAAAUACAGAAGACUCAAUUUCCUUAAUUCUCCUGGAUCCAAACUAAAGCUUCCGCACCGAAGAAUCUGAAAUUCUUCUGCCUUUUCUCAUUUUUGCUUGAUCUGUAGCGAGCAGACUUUGAAGCCUUUAUUUUUGUGUUGAUUUUUUUUUAAAGAUUCCCCUCUUGGGUUUAUUACGGGGUGAAAUUGCCGACUUCCUUGUGACAUUCUACAUGGGUGCCCUGUCUCUUUUCAAACUGGCUGACCCUUGUUCCUCCUUCGACUCAAAGACAAUAAAGUUAUUGGUAGUGUGACUCUCUUUC